AUGGCGGAAUGAGGUGCUCGCUUAAGAAGCUUGCUCAGGGAAUUAUUUGCAUUUAUGUCGCCUUUACCUGCUACACAACGUAUUUAUGGCUGCAGAAAACACUAAGAAAAGCAGAAAAUACAGCUUUCCAAAAUGGGAUCAAAUUUGCUUUAAGUGGUACAAGGCUCUCUGCAAAGAGCAAAGAAGAAAACUGGAACCCGUGGGGGGAGGAGUUUGAGAAUGAAAAAGGUGGACAGAGAAGACCCCCUUUCCAGGCCCCAGUGUUCAGAUUGUCAGAUGUUGAAAAGCAGGCACUUCAUGGCAACAGUCAUCAUGGCAGCAUGUUGCCAUGGCGCCAGUUGGAGCUUGGUGCAGUGAAAAAACUCCCAUCACAGAAAAUACAUAAUAUUGAAUUAUGGGGGAAAGCUGCCAUUGGUCUGUACCUGUGGGAGCACAUCAUGAACAGUACCUUGGAGGACAGGUUGGGAGGAGUCUGGCAAUAUGGCAGCAAGCGAAUACAGAAUCUCAUUUUUAGGUUUAGGACUGGACCAGGGGUUGUCCCUCACAAAGCCCCCAAGGAUGUUGAAAACCUAGUCCUUGUUCUCAAUGGACGGGAACAGUCCAAAAUAGACUUUGCCAAGAUUUGGCUCGAUUCGUUGUCAACUUUUGAAAAGUUGAAGAAUGUAGCUGUGAUACUCUUGGGCAAUGAGCAGUGUGAUAAUGAGUGGAUCAAGCCGUAUUUAGUUCAGAAUGGAGGACUGGUGAAGCUGGUGUUUCUUGUUUAUGAUAGUCCAGAUGUGGACAAUGUGAACUUCUACCAGUGGCCACUAGGUGUCGCUACGUACAGAGGUUUUCCAAAGUUUAGGGACACAAUAAUCAAUGCAAUGAAACCGAGGCAAUAUAUAUGUAACUUUUUGGGCACUGUGUACCCUAAUUCUUCCAGAGAAACUUUGAUGAAAAUUCUGACUGCUCACAACAUGGGUAACUUAUGCUACCUCAAGCCCAGAUAUGAGUGGCUCCCCCUAGAGUCAGAAGAUACAAGACAGGAUUUUAUCCAAGCAUUAAAGACGAGCGAUCUCACCCUCAACCCAGUGGGGAAAAAUACAGAAUGUUACAGAAUUUAUGAAGCGUUAUCAAUGGGCUCUGUGCCUGUUGUGGAGGAUGUCAUGACACCAGGGAAUUGUGGGAAAUCCAAGGUAUCCCACAAUGCACCAUUACAAUUAUUAAAAGAACACGAUGCCCCAGUUAUAUAUGUCAAAAAAUGGGAAGAACUACCUGACAUAUUAAAAGCCGAACAAAAAAUGUCAAUAUCCAAGGUUAUUGAAAGAAGAACAAGGGUUUUGAACUGGUAUAAAGAAUUCCUAUUAAAAACAGAAGAGUACUUUGUGGGCAUUCUUAAAGACAGAUUUUUCAGCAGUUGAAAUUAGCUGUCUGGAAUGGAUGUUGGGUCCGAAUUUGGUUUUCCAUCUUCUGUAGCAAAAACUAGCAAUUAUUUGCUAUUACAUUAUUUUUAUUAUCAUGUAUCAUUUGUAAAUAGCCAUUAGACAUAUCAAUUUUAGAGCAGUUUGAUGGGUUAUUUUUAGAAUUCAACUUGCUCACAAACGAGAGUGUAAAAUAUUAACACAACAUGCAUGUCAUUAUGAGAAUUUGGUAUUCUUAGUGUUAUGAACGUAUCAAAGACUUUUCAAAUUUUAAAAAUAUGUUCAUUUAAGGUCCCUCUAAAUGUAUUACAAUUAUGAGGUCUUUUUUAAGAAGUUAAUAUUAACAAAUAUAAAAGCUUGCUGAUGCUAGGCACAGGGCAUUUAAAUCUCUGUGAGACAUUUUAAAGUGCCAUAGCAAGGCAUUUUUUUUUAUUUUGUCAAACAUUAUCUGUAAGAUAUUAUUUUAUGGUGCUAUUCGAUUAUUAGAGGUAUUUAUCUGCAUAAUAAAAAAAUCACAGUCUUUUGUACACAAACUUAA